AUGGCGGUCGAAAAGAAGGAGAAGUCGCAAUUGCAUAAAGUCGCUCUCAAAGGGAAGGUCAUCGAAGACAGUCGCGGAAUUCGUAAGUGCAUCCGGGUCGAUCUCACCAGCGCCGAGGCUGAAAGAAAGCAGUUUGAAUACUCGAUAAACACGAUACUAUUCCAGAGAGGCGUAUAUCCUGCAGAAGAUUUCACACCGGUCAAAAAAUAUGGACUCAACAUGCUCGUAUCUUCGGACGAUCAAGUCAAGGCAUACAUCAAGAAGAUCAUGUCACAGCUGAACAAAUGGAUGGUCGGAGGCAAGAUCUCGAAGCUGGUGGUGGUCAUCACCAGCAGAGAGACCGGUGAGCACGUUGAGAGGUGGCAGUUCGAUGUCCAACUCUUGGGCAAGUUUUCGAAACAGCGAUCCUCAAAAAAGGCGGUGGACAAGGAAAAUGCAGCGCCCGAAGAGGUGGCAGCAGAGGAGACGGAACCCGAGAAGACCGAGGCCCAGAUACAGGAAGAGAUUCAGGCUAUCUUCCGCCAGAUCACAGCCUCUGUUACAUUUUUACCGGUGUUGGAUGGGAAUUGCACAUUCAACGUGUUGGUUUACGCUGAUGCGGACUCGGAUGUUCCUAUUGAAUGGGGAGACAGCGACGCCAAAGAGAUCAAGAACGCGGAGAAAGUCCAACUACGCAGUUUCAGCACCAGCAAUCAUAAGGUGGACACUAUGGUCAGCUACCGAUUAGCAGAGUGA